UUCCUUGGCACCAUCCGGGAGGUUUCUGGAAGGCGAGGCGAGGCGAGGUGACCCAACCUCCCAAGUCAUGCCAUCACCCGCCGGCGGUUUUCAACACGCGCAACCGUACGAGACCCGUCUCUUUCGCCUUCGCUAGGUAAUGGAUCGCCACUUCUUUCCCUUCCGCUUGCUUUGAUCCUGGUCGCAGCCAACGACGAGGCUCUGCCCUCACAACUCCCUCCUCCAUCGGCCACUGCAUCUUAGCCAAGAAACCAAGAAACAGAGGAAACAAGAUCGUAGGAGCGACCAGAGGCGACAUGGAUCAGAUCAUGAACAAGAUGGGCUCCUACUGGCUCGGCCAGAGGGCCAACAAGGAGAUGUCUUCCGCCGGCGACGACAUCGAGUCGCUCUCAACCAGCGUCGGGGACGGAGCUAAAUGGCUGGUGAACAAGCUCAAAGGCAAGAUGCAGAAGCCGCUGCCGGAGCUGCUGAAGGAGCACGACCUGCCGGCGGGGCUGUUCCCGCGGGAGGCGACGAACUACGAGUUCGACCCGGAGACGCGGCGGCUGACGGUGCACAUCCCGGCCGCCUGCGAGGUCGGCUACAGGGACGGCUCCGAGCUGCGCUUCGACACCACGGUGUCCGGCACGCUGGACAAGGGCAGCCUGGCGGCCGUGGAGGGCCUCAAGGCCAAGGUACUCGUAUGGGCCAGGGUCACCGCCGUCAAGGCCGACGCCGCCAAGGUCUACUUCACCGCCGGCAUCAGGAAGUCCCGCAGCCGCGAGGCCUACGAGGUCGUCAGGGGCGCCAUCACCGUCGACGAGUUCUAAAGUCGCGCAGGCUUUUUGCAACUUUGUUGAGACGAUUAAUUUACUACUCACCGGAAAAAAUUACAUGGCUCACUAUGCUUGUAUGUACUACGCACUUACGCAGUACUUCUAUAUUUGCCAUGAGCAACUUUGUAUGUCCAGGUGCUUGCAAAUGGGGAUUCAAAAUUCAUAUGCUUU